AGCGCCUUGCUGAGCUCCUCGACCUUUCCCUUGUUCCCGUCUGACGGAAUUCCGCAUUUUACCCUCACCCGUUAAAUAUACCUCCGUGCAUUACAAGGCCCCAGCAGGAAUCAACUGGCCCUGAUCGGCACAGUAAUGGAGAAGGAGAGAGGAAAAAGAAGAGCUGCUUCUGAAAUGCGCCCCCCUGUGGGGUGUAAGAGAAAGAGCCCUGAGAGUGUCCUGAUGGAGAGAGCAGACUCCCCUGUGCCCAGCUGUGUUUCCCUGAAGAGUGACGCGUCAAUGGAGCAACCAAUCAAAUUCAGAGAGGGACCUUUUCAUACAGAUCAAAGAGACCAAAUGGAAGAUUGCAGUUCAGAUCUACAUGAUAAAUCUGGUUUAUCAUCCGUAUUGAAGUCGCUAGAGGAAAAAGCCAUGAAGUUCCUAAAGGACGAGCUGAAGACGCUUGUGAGGCACCUAGAUCAGAAUUACCCAGAAUGCUCUGAGCCUCAGCUGGAGGAGGACAAUGACCUGGACUGUGAUGGUCAGAUGCAGAAGACCAGUGUUAGAGAGGUAGCUCUGAAGAUCACACUGUACAUCCUGAGGACCAUGAAGCAAAAUGAUCUUGCUGACAUGCUGGACAAGAGACAGCUCAUGCUGCAACAGGAAAUCAAAGGUAAACUUAAGAAGCAAUUUGAGUGUGUAUUUGAAGGGAAAGCUAAGGAAGGACAGCCAACACUUCUAAGUGAGAUUUACACAGAACUCUACAUAACUGAAGGUGGGACUGGAGCAGUGUGUGUUGAACAUGAAGUGAGACAGAUUGAAACAGCAUCCAAGAAAAGGCGAACAGAAGAUACUACAGUCAAGUGCAAUGAUAUAUUUAAACCCUUAUGUGGGCGUGAGACACCUAUCAGAACUGUACUCACGAAAGGGGUGGCAGGUAUCGGGAAAACAGUCUCUGUGCAGAAAUUUAUUCUCGAUUGGGCAGAAGGAAAAGCAAACCAGGAUGUUCACUUCAUAUUUGCUCUUCCUUUCCGGGACCUGAAUUUGAUUAAGGGUGAAUACAGUCUGAUUGAACUGCUUCACCACUUUGUCCCAGAACUGAAAUCAUUCCAAUCCACUGAGUUGUUUAGAUACAAAGUUUUGUUCAUCUUUGAUGGUCUGGAUGAGUGUCGCCUUCCUCUGGAUUUUCAGAACAUUGAGAGCUGGUUUGAUGUAACAAAGAAAACGUCACUGGAUGUGCUGUUGACUAACCUCAUUAAGGGGAAUCUGCUCCCAUCCGCUCUCCUCUGGAUAACCUCCCGGCCAGCAGCAGCCAAUCAGAUACCUCCUGAGUGUGUCCACCAGGUGACAGAGAUACGAGGGUUCAGUGAUGCCCAGAAGGAGGAGUAUUUCUGGAGGAGAUUUAAUGAUCAGAGGCUGGCCAGCAGGAUUAUCACACAUGUAAAAUCAUCAAGGAGCCUCUUCAUCAUGUGCCACAUACCUGUGUUCUGCUGGAUUUCAGCCACUGUGCUUAAGAGGCUUUUUAGUGAGACUGACAGGGGAGAAAUUCCAAGGACUCUGACUGAAAUGUACACACACUUCCUGAUCUUUCAGACAAGUUUAAAAAAUGCCAAGUAUAUGAAAAACCAAGAAACUAAGCUUAAAGAAUACAGCAAGGAAUUCCUUUUAAAACUUGGUAAACUGGCUUUUGACAACCUGGAGAAAGGAAAUCUUAUAUUUUAUGAGCAAGAUCUGUCAGAGAAUGGCAUUGAUGUCACUGAAACUUCAGUUUACUCUGGAGUGUGCACAGAAGUCUUUAAAGAGGAGUAUGGGUUGUACCAGGAGAAGGUGUACUGCUUUGUGCAUCUGAGCAUCCAGGAGUAUCUCGCUGCUUUAUAUGUGUUUCUGUCAAACUCAUCAGCUGACCUGCUGGAGACUGCAAUGGAUCAGGCAUUAGAGAGCAAGAAUGGACACUUGGACCUCUACCUCCGCUUCCUCCUGGGCCUCUCAACAGACUCCAGUAAGACUCUGUUACAAAAACUACUGGGGCCGACAAGAAUCAGCUCACAUACUAUUAUGGAAACAUCACAAUACAUCAAGGUGAAAAUACAGGAGAAUUUAUCUCCAGAAAGGACCAUCAACCUGUUCCACUGUCUGACUGAACUGGGUGACAAUUCUCUAGUAGAGCAAGUACAAAGAUACCUGAAUUCAGGAAACAUUUCAGCAGAUGACCUCUCACCUGCACAGUACUCAGCUCUGGCCUUUGUGAUGCUGAUGUCAGAUGAGGAGCUGGAUGUGUUUGACCUGAAGAAAUACAUCAGAUCGGAUAAACAGCACUGCAGGCUGCUGCCUGUGGUCAAGAACUCCAGGACGGCUCUGCUGAACAGCUGUGAUCUCAUAGAUAAACACUGUGAAGUGCUGACUUCAGCUCUAAGAUCAAACUCUUCACCCCUGAGAGAGCUGGACCUGAGUGACAAUAACCUGAAGGAUUCAGGAGUGAAGCUGCUCUCUGCUGCACUAGGGGAUUUACACUGUAAACUGGAGAUAUUGAGGCUGUCAGGCUGUAGAGUCACAGAAGAAGGCUGUUCUUCCCUGGCUUCAGCUCUGAAGUUAAACCCCUCACACCUGAGAGAGCUGGACCUGAGCUACAAUCACCCAGGAGACUCAGGAGUGAAGCUGCUCUCUGCUGUACUGGAGGAUCUCAGCUGUAAACUGGAGAAGCUGAAGGUUGGCCGGUGUGAAAUCACAGAGAAAUGCUGUGAGGCACUGGCUUCAGCUCUCAGAUCAAACUCCUCACCCCUGAGAGAGCUCGACCUGAGUGACAAUGACCUGCAGGACUCAGGAGUGAAGCUGCUCUCUGCUGGACUGGGGGACUUACACUGUAAACUGGAGAUACUGAGGCUGUCAGGCUGUAGAGUCACAGAAGAAGGUUGUUCUUCCCUGGCUUCAGCUCUGAGGUCAAACCCCUCAUACCUGAGAGAGCUGGACCUGAGCUACAAUCACCCAGGAGACUCAGGAGUGAAGCUGCUCUCUGCUGUACUGGAGGAUCCCAGCUGUAAACUGGAGAAGCUGAAUGUGGAUCACGGUGGAGAGUGCAGGACCAGACCAGGCUUACAGAAAUACUCCUGCCAGCUGACGCUGGACCCCAACACAGCAAACAGAUUCCUGUCUCUGUCAGGGGGGAACAGGAAGGUGACAUGGGGGGCAGAGCAGCCAUAUCCUGAUCAUCCAGAGAGAUUUGACAGCUACCCCCAAGUUCUGUGCAGAGAGAGUCUGACUGGCUGCUGUUACUGGGAGGCUGAGUGGGAUGGAGAUGGAGCCUGGAUAGGAGUGACUUAUAAAGGGAUCAGUAGGGAAGGAGUGAGGGGCUGUGGGCUUGGGUACAAUGACAAGUCAUGGAGUCUGUGCUGUGAUACUGACAGUUACUCUGUCCGGCACAAUAAUAAAGAGACUCGCAUACCCAUACGGCCCUCAGGCUCCCGCAGAGUAGGAGUGUAUCUGGACUGGGGGGCUGGUGCUCUGUCCUUCUACAGAGUCUCCUCUGAUGGACUGACCCCCCUGCACAGAUUCACCUCCUCAUUCACUGAGUCACUCCAUCCAGGGUUUGGGGUUUAUAGUGACUCUUCAGUGUCACUGUGACGUGUUGCUGGUUUACAUUUACAUUUACAGGAUUUGGCAGACGCCCUUAGCCAGAGCGACUUACAUAAGUGCUUUGAGACUCUGCAAUGAAUUUCCAAUGCUAGCUCAAUAAGGACCCAAGCUAUGAAUACUAUCUCUGAGAACUCCAUUGAGUAGUGCAGAUUUAUUUAUUUUUUAUUUUUUUAUUUUUUUAAACACACACCAGAAUAAGAGUCGAGAAAGAAUAUAGAAGUUCUACGUCAGGUAUUUCUGAAAAAGAAAAGUUUUGAGUCGUCGCUUGAAGACAGUUAAGGAUUCAGCUGUUCGGACAUCUAGGGGGAGUUCAUUCCACCAAUUAGGUGCCAGGACAGAGAAGAGCCGAGAUGCGUGUCUUCCUUGUGCCUUGAGGGGAGGAGGGACCAGUCGAGCAGUGCUGGAGGAUCGGAGAGAUCGUGGUGCAGAGCGGGGUGUGAUGAGGUCCUUUAGGUAGGAUGGUGCCAGAGAAUUUUUGGCUUUGUAUGCGAGCAUCAGUGUUUUGAAUCUGAUGCGUGCAGCUACAGGAAGCCAGUGGAGGGAGCGCAGCAAAGGAGUGGUGUGGGAGAACUUGGGAAGGUUGAAAACAAAAUAAACUCCACACACAUGUAACCCAGGCGGAGACUCAAACCCGGGUCCCAGACGUGUGAGGCAACACUGCUAACCGCUGCACCACCAUACCACCCCCGUUCUCCUGGUAAAAGGGUAAAAUCUCUGCUUUUUAACCUUUAUUAUCCUUUUUACUCUGAAAUGUACAGAACUGUGCAAAAGUCUUAGGCAGGCAAAGAAAAUGAUGUUUAGAUUAUCCUCCUGUUGGUGUAAAACUAUGAUAUGAUGCCUGUCAAAGUGUGUCAGCUUCGCCAUUUCAGAACCUCUGCUAAAAUCAUCCUAGUAUUUGCAGCGACCAUCCAGUGCAGCCAUGUAUUUUUUGACUUGACCACUAACACACCUCAUACAGCUAGUCAAUCUCUCACUGACUUUUUAAACCGAUAUAUUUAAUUAUUUAAUUGAGCUGUUGGUGAAAUUUAACAAAAUCGUGGAAUGGCUGAGGUGCCCCUGAGGAGAAGUUUGGGAACUGAAGCGGAGUUCAUCUAGCCAUCCAACUAGAUAUCAGUAACAUUUUAGAAAACAGAAGAAAUUAUUACUAGUUUUUAUUGUGUUACUCUUAAUUUGCACACGUUCUAAUGUUAAAUUGUGUUUUUUGUUCUAAGCCAAAGUACACUUGCUACCCAGAUAAACAGCUUUAAACAUUUCUUUGGACUGCCUAAGACUUUUACACAGUACUGUGUGUUUGACAAAAAAUAAAUGACUGUCUUCAGUGAGCUGAAUAAACAUGAAAAAUGUAGUUUAAUAGUUUUUUUCUCUGACUAAAAUGUAAUUAAAUGUAAUCCUGAUUGGGGGGGGGAGGGCUAUCCCCUUCUCCUGUAUAUUUUUACAUUUUAUAUAUUAUAUAUUUAUGUCUGUUUACUGUAUUUCCUCUCUGUACAGUGACAAUAAAGGCUUUCUGUUCUGUCCUA